GUUUGGUAUACGGAGGGCGGUGUCAAAGUGUACCAAAACAAAUGGGGCAGAACUCUGUUCCAGAUCUUCGGCACCGCUUUCCUCAACUUAACCAAAACAGUCACCGUUAAGGCCGAUAACAUGAAUAAUGUCAUACUUUCCGCAUCCACUAUGAGAUACUCCAAAUUCAAACAACUGGAAGAGAGGCUAAUAAAACUCAAGGAAUCCAAUCUACCGGUGCUUCUAGUGUUUAGUGAAAAUGAUAGACUCAUAGAGAAAGAGAUUUUCUACGAAAUGGCAACAAUUCUGGGCGCGAAAGAUGAGAAUAUCGCCAUUUAUGAUGAGAACGGAUCUCUUGAAAAAGAUUACACAAAAGACGAUACAAUAAAAGUGGUCUCAUUUCGCUCCGGAGGACACUAUUGUUUCUUAAAGUACACACAAGUGGUUAACAAAGCCUGUGAUCAACUUCUCAAGACAUUAGACCAUGAAGUUAAUAAUGAAGUCAUUUGUGAUACAAACUAA